AUUACCCUUUCCAAAAUUUCUCUGCUCAGUCGGAUUACAAACUGGAAGCCCCGCACAGCGAAAAAUCUUCGAACGGCGACGAUGCAAACCAAAACUUCUCAAUCACAUUCACCUGCCAUCAGCAUGGGUAGCUCUGAGAAGGUGCCAAAUGGCUGCUUGACAACAGCUAGUGAUAGAGAUGAUACACCUUUCGAUCUUUUACGCGAUUUUUAUGAUGGUGUCAUAGCUGGCGGUGCUGCUGGUGUUUUUGUAGAAGCAGCUUUAUACCCUAUUGACACAAUAAAAACUCGAUUACAGGUUGCCCAUGCUGGAGGGCAAAUUAUGUUGAAGGGUCUGUAUUCAGGAUUGGCUGGAAACCUUGCUGGUGUCUUGCCGGCUUCUGCCAUAUUUGUUGGUGUUUAUGAACCUACAAAGCAGAAACUUCUGAACGUAUUGCCAGAAAACCUUAGUGCUUUAGCUCAUUUGACUGCAGGUGCCAUUGCAGGUGCUGCUUCUUCUGUUGUACGAGUUCCAACAGAGGUUGUCAAGCAACGGAUGCAAACCGCACAGUUUUCCUCAGCCCCAGAUGCUGUCCGUCUUAUUCUUGCUAAGGAGGGUUUCAAAGGUCUUUAUGCGGGGUAUGGAUCAUUCCUACUGCGAGAUUUACCAUUUGAUGCUGUUCAGUUUUGCAUCUACGAGCAGCUUCGAAUAGGAUUUAAACUAGCGGCACGAAGAGAUCUGAAAGACCCUGAGGUUGCUUUAAUUGGUGCUUUUGCUGGUGCAAUAACUGGAGCUAUAACUACUCCUCUUGACGUGAUAAAAACGAGAUUAAUGGUUCAGGGAUCAGGAAACCAGUACCAAGGAAUUUGUGAUUGUGUUGGGACCAUAAUGAGAGAAGAAGGAAGUCAUGCUUUUUGGAAGGCUUCCGUGGCAAAUUGACAUAGAUGCCAAAUCAAGCUAGGAAUUGGUGUCAUUGCUGGAAUGCAAGAAACAUCUUUUGUGUCCGUUGGGACUCUCUGCUGUAGAAUUGGCUCCUCGGAUUGAGAGGCUCUAAGAAAUCUGAUUUUCUAAGGGCUUUAUAUUGAAGACUUUUAACCAAUGUCUCUCUUUUCAGUUCAGCAUCCCCAUAGACUUCCUAUCUUUAAUUCUAGGGUUAUAUUUGGAGUUUACUCUCCCUUCCCUCUUCUCAUUAUGCUUUCAUUGCUUGUCGGAUACAUUAUGUUUGUUUAUUCGUUUCAUAAUAAUUAGAAGACUAAGUGAUUCCGGACUUAGUGAUAUUUUCUAUGAUCUUUGCGUGUUGAAAAGUAGACGGUUGGGAUCAUUGAACUGCGUUGAUUGUUGGGCCCGCAUGCAAUUCCUUUCGAUGAGAAACAAAAGGAACCCGUAUUAAGCUUCUCU